AUAUAACAAGAAAUUAUAUAAAUCACACUUCUUUCGCUUAUUAAACCGAAUACCUUUUUCAAAUAACAAUAACAAAUAUGUCUGGAGGAAAAUCUGGAGGAAAGUCUGCUGCUGGUGCCAAGUCCCAGACCCGCUCUGCUAAGGCUGGUCUCCAGUUCCCUGUCGGUCGUAUCCACCGUCUCUUGCGUCGUGGAAACUACGCCCAGCGUGUUGGUGCCGGUGCUCCCGUCUACCUCGCUGCUGUCCUCGAGUACCUCGCUGCCGAAAUCCUCGAGUUGGCUGGUAACGCUGCCCGCGACAACAAGAAGUCUCGUAUCAUCCCCCGCCACUUGCAGUUGGCCAUCCGUAACGACGAAGAAUUGAACAAGUUGCUCGGUCACGUCACAAUUGCCCAGGGUGGUGUUCUUCCCAACAUCCAUGCUACCUUGUUGCCCACCAAAACCAAGAAGGCCGGUGUUUCCCAGGAGGUUUAAAUUCCCAUCUCAUAUAGAUAUAUAUACAUAUUUACAUCACAACUCAACCCAAUUCCACCAUUCAACUCAAGUCAAGUCAAGACCAUUCCUAUACAACAUCACACACCACACACAAAACACAAAACAUGUUAUAUAUUUAUAUAUAUUUAUAUAUGUAUUCUUAGAGACAUUUUGUCCUAGAAUUUGUUGAUUUUUAUUAUAUUACUGUUAUUAUUAUUAUUACUAUUAUUAUUACUACUAUUACUAUUUACCAUUGCUACUGUU